GCCUCGCAAAAACCGUCACCUGGCCAAGUUCCCUCCAAAUCCACCAAACGCCGACGGAAACAGGCGGCCCAGACCCCAUCCAGUUGCCAAGGCAAAUUCGUCGCAGCAAAAACGACGUCACCGCGUAACGCGAAUCCACAUACUUCCAAUACGUGUCUAUUUAUAAAUCAAAGAUGACCCAGCAAAAAUAAAGCAUAACAAACUCAUGAAACACUGUACGACUUCCAAGGUAAAGACUACCAUCAACACAGGUAUUGCGCGCAAUGGUAAUUUAGAUAUGAUUAUUAUUAUCUCGUUUCGACUCACGCUUCACCUACAAGUGGAUACUCGUCCGUGCGGUAACCACUUUUAAAAAGCCAAUUUAUUCCAUCAUUUCGUUCAAUGUUAUCAAAAUUUAUACCUGUGGCGACCUUUCCGUGACGCCGCCCAGUCGUUAUUAACAAUAAGUUGGUGUAGUGACUGGCAGAUGACACAAAAUGCAGAAACAAAAGACCGGUAUCCGACACAUGUUCACUGGGACGCUGCCUCAGGUCGUCGCCUCGCUGACAGGUACAAUCAGUGCCGUUAAUGAUGGAAUGCACUACGGGUGGUCAGCGCCCAUCAUACCUAUUCUCCAGUCGGACGACACACCCAUCAGGAUCUCGAAAACCGACGAAAGCUGGCUGGAAACCAUGUACCUGAUUGGAGGGAUUGCAGGCCUGCCGGUUACUAUCUACCUGGUCGAUAAAAUAGGGCGUAAAAACUCCACGAUUGUGUCGUCCUGCACUAGCCUGCUGUCAUGGAUUUUAAUAGCGCUGGCACCCAACGUCGCGUGUCUCUACGUUGCCAGGUUUCUCUCAGGACUGGCAGGUGACAUGGCCUUCGUAGCCACUCCUAUGUACGUCGCCGAAAUCGCCGACCAAAAGAUCCGCGGUCUACUAUCCAGCCUCAUCUACCUAAUGAUGCUCUUCGGGAUCCUACUCAUCUACCUAAUCGCUCCCUUCACACCCUUCUAUGUACCUUCCAUCGUCGGGAGUCUCCUCUUAAUCACCCAACUCGCCUCCUUCUCCUUCAUGCCAAAGUCCCCGUACUACCUCCUAUCAAAAAACAAAGUCGACUCGGCCCGAAAAGCUCUAGACCGUCUUCGAACCACCAAAAACAACGAAGCCGAACUGGAAGACAUAUCCAGAGCGAUUGAGCGCCAAAAGAAGGAAAAAGGUCGCCCUCAAGAUCUCCUUCUGGUCAAAAGCAACCGGAAAGCCCUCAUUGUGAUGACGGUCCUCAACGCCGCCCAACACUUCUGCGGCAUCAGCGUCAUGCUCAUGAACAUGCAUUCGAUUCUCACCGAAGCCGGCUCCGUCUACCUCAAGUCCACCACCACAGCCAUAAUCUUCUCCGUCUGCAUGUUGACAGCAGCCACUUUCUCAUCCUUCUUCGUAGACAAAUACGGACGAAAGUUCCUCUUAAUCACGUCAAGCAGCCUCACCGGGAUCUGCCUCUUAGUUUUAGCUAUUUAUUUCAAUUUGAAGACUGUAGGAUACGACGUGCGCAGCGUCAGCUGGAUACCGAUAGCGUGUGUGAUGGCAUAUGCAGCGGUGUUCAAAAUCGGGUUAGGGAUGGUGCCGAUAGUGAUAAGUGCGGAGCUGUUCUCUAAUAGGGUUAAAGCCAUGGGGAUGACUAUAGCCGAUGCUAUGUAUUUAAUUUUCGGCUUGCUUUCGAUUGAGUUGUACAAAGGGCUGAGCGAAAGCUAUGGCUAUCAUGUCCCGUUCUAUUUAUUUUCUGCGUUGUCGCUUGUAACGACGGUGUUCACAAUCGUCAUCGUCCCAGAAACCAAAGGAAAGACGUUAGAGGAAAUACAAAUGUUGCUUAAGGGCGAAAAACCGGUGUGUAGCAACGACGACGACGCAACUGAUAAUCUCACUCAAGCAUGAUGAUGAUGAUUGUAACGUAGCUGAUAGUAAAUAAAUUUUUAUUGCGUU